AGGUGGGAAUUUGUAAUCAGCUGUGAUUCGGACGUCAUUUUGUGCUGGACUGGUUUACAGUUGAUGGAACAUACCUGGAAAUUCCCCCUGCACAGCCCUAGCUGAGACACACAGGGGAUUUUUUCACACAGGACAACCCAAAAUCUACAGCGUCAUCUGUCCUUCAUACUACCUACAGCACACACCCAUGGAUCCCCAAGAAGAUCUCAUAGACAGGGACAUUCCUCUGACUGUACUGCUCCCAGGAGGACAGGAGACCACAGCCACAGUGCAUGGCAGUAAACCAGUUAUGGAUGUUCUGGUUACGUUGUGUGCUCAACACCACCUCGUUCCAUCGGAUCAUGUCAUCAAGCUUAUCUCCACAAAUCAAAACUACAUCAAUUUCAAACCCAACUCCGUGAUUGGCUCUCUUGAGUUUGAAAGAGUUGUCCUGCAAUCUAAAGGGAGUGAUGCUAACAAGAAAAAACCUCAUAUUCCUGUGGCAACAGUUCGUCUUCUGAUAAACUACAAGAUGUCCCAUAAGGCAGUAGCACGGGUCAAUCCUACAGUGCCGCUGAUUGAGUUAAUGCCCACAGUGUGUGAGAAGUGUGAGUUCAACCCUGAUGCCACCGUCUUACUAAAGACAUACAAAUCAGAGGAAACCCUGGAUCUCACCAAAACACUGAAUGACUAUGGAAUCAGGGAGCUGUAUGCCAAGGAAAUGAAAGUGGUACCAACGAAUCCUCCUGUUGAUCCUGUAUCAACUCAUAAAGGUGGUGUCAAAGAAAAGAGCCACAGAGAGAAGGGAAACAAAGGUUUCUUUGGUUUAUUCAAGAAGAACAAGAAAACACCUGAGCAGGCUGUGACUGACAGUGCUUCAACAUAUCUUGAACUGAACGGCCAAUGUGCGAUCAGGGUGAAUGGUCUUAACGGCUACUCGACCUUACCCAUGGUCCCUGCCGACAUGGCAAAGAAGAGACCCGCUCCGAAGCCUCCUAUGACGGCGUCCCAGAGUGUCGCCUGUGGACUUAACACCAGAGACUUUUCUGACCUAUCAGAAAGUGACCCUGCUGGAAAACAGGGUCUGCUCAGUCCUAUUUCUUCCACUGAGUCCUCCCUUAAAAGGACUAAACGGAGAGCUCCGCCCCCACCGGGUGAUGGCCCCGCCCCAUCCAAUUCAGAUAACAAAGUAGAUGAAGCUCAAGGGGACGACAAGCGUUCAGACAAACACAGAGCUCGCAUAGCUGACCGCUGCCCUGCAAUCGCUAAAGUUAUGAGCGAACUUGCGCAAUCUCUGCAGGCACGGCGACAGAGAACGCUGUCUUCUGCAAAUUCUCCUAUAUCCCAGAAUCAACCAGCAGAAGAUGCGUCUACGGGUUUGUUUUCGGAGCAUCACACCCCUGAGGCUGAGCUUAAGGCACUUCCUGGCUGUCAGCUGCUGAGGAGCCCCUCUGAGAGAGAGGGUUUGACCACCUUCACCGUGGUUCCCCAGAGACGUCAACAGAGCCGGCAGUGCUUAGAUCUGCCACUGGCACUACAGUCAUCCGCUGCUACUAAAGCUGAGAAAGACCUGAGUCCUGGAGACCCGGAUGCCAUUGAGACCCCCACCACAGAGCUUUUGGAGGAACUCCCAUCUGAACUUUUCAGGAAUGGGGGCAAGGGUUCAGACAAAAGUGAGCCCUUAUCAGAGGUUCUACAUCUACAGCAGCUGGAGAACGAGAAUCAAGCUUGGACGGACAUUGAGAGUGAGAAUUUGGAGCUGAAAUAUGAAGAGGACCAAUGUAUUCAUGAGAGCUUAGAAUCCCUACAAAGGGGCCUAAAUAAUCCAGAACAUUUAGAUUGUAAAAUGAAUAAUCUAGAACUAAGAGACAAGACAGUAAAAUGA